GAAGGAAAAGUAACGGCGGUUGGCGGGGGCGCGAGCCAGUCCAGCAAGCGCAGAGUCCAACCCGUGGAGGCGGGCCUGGGGAAGCACCGGCCCCGCCUUUUAAAGGGCUCUCUGCCGCCGCCCUCCGUGUGCUGAAAUGGGAUUCCCGAAGGCUGCUCCGCUGGAAGCAAAGCAAGUGGACGCUGCAGCGGUGUCUGCGGAUUGGGGGCAGAGUCUCAAGGUUCCUCUGGCCGUAUUCUUGUGCCGAGACCGGGAGACAGAGGAAAGCCACCGAACCAGUCUGUUUCCCUUGCAGACAAAACCAGGCAGCGUAGGGGAGCCACCGCACGGAUCCCUUGCUGUAACGGGGACAGAGGCCCUUUUGUAUCGUGCGGGGGUGGAGCGGAGGGGAGGACGCCCCGGGCCUGCCCCCGCCCUGGCCCUCCUACGCUGCCCCUUCUUUCCCAGCAGCGCUCGCCCCCCCCCCCCCCCCCCCCCCAGCGCCUGGCCCAGCUGGCGCACUGCCCCGUAUAACCGUAGCUCCCACGGCUCGGAUCCUCCCCUCGGGGUGCAGCUCUCAGGCCCCGUGACCACGAAGCGGGACAGAAGGACUGGGAGCGUGGCUCCGCUUGCCUCCGCACCCGAGCGCAGAGCCUAAACACACUGCGCUCAUCGGCGCGCUGCUUUGCAUCUCGUCUGCAUACCGAGCUGCUCGGUCGGCGUUGACAAGCGCCCCCGCCCCCACUGACACCCGGCGUGGGUACCCUCUCUGUCGGUCCCCUCCUCUGCACACGCCUCUCCGUCAGUCCCCCUUCCAGGCCCCGUCUUUGCUCUGCGAGUUUUUCUACCCAUGAACCCCUCGUCGGCGCCCCCAGAGCACCUCUCCUUGUUUAGAGUCCCCAGACUUCCAAGCGGUUUGAGGAGAGGAGCCCCAGGGAUUCCCCACGCCAACUCUCCUGCCUGUUGAGACCUUGAUGUCCAGAAGAAGACAGCUGAAGGGAAGUGCUUGCACCCACCCUACCCGACUCCCAUAGUGCCCCCAGCGCCAGGUCCUCCUUGGUGUUCUCCUUUCAGGAACUGAGUUCAGAUCCCAGUGGCAGCCCUGACACCCCGGGGGAAAGGGAGAAGUAGAAAAGUCCCACCAGUGUCCUGAGGGGAGGGGCAACAUGCUACCAGGAUGUGAGAUGUCUGUGGGCAAGGUGCCUGCUUAGUCCCUGAGGGGUCGUGGGAGUUGGACUGUGGCUGGAUGUCCCUUCCCCCAAUAACUCCUUCUCCACCUGAAGCCAAGGCUUCAAAACUUUGACCACGUGUGGGUGACGGUCUCUACUUGAUUCCUUGUCCCAGACUCUUUUGGUGUCUGAUUUUUCCCCCUCUUCCUUCUCUGAGGUUGGAGCAGCUGUUGGGAGACCCCCACCAUGACUCAUUCUCUCCUCUUUCUUCUCCUUCUCCCCUCUCUAUUAACUCCAUUCUUCCCAGCCCAGUGGGAUAAUUUUGAGUCCCCGCUGCAAAUGGGGCAAACUUUCUUUUCGGCUGGAACAAGCUGCUGAGUCUUAGCCCCCAAUCCCACUAGUACCCCUGGGCCCCUCCCUUCACAGACUGAGGACUUCCUGCCCCUCCCACCCCACCCUGAAAAGCCAGGGGGCAAAGACUCAUUACCUUUAUAAGAUUUGAAGUUCUACUUAAUGUCCUUGUUUCAGAGGGUGAUAAACAGAGAGCUGGCUCCCCUCAAUCCGGUCCUAUAGGUUUCUUCAGUUACCCCAGCAGGGCUAAGCUCCGUCCUGAAAUUGGCCUUUCUUCAAAAGAAAUAGAGGUACAGAGGCCUCAAGAUUCAUGGGCACCUGAGUUCCUGUCCCCUACCCCCUUGCAGGUUUCCCAGCCCCCUCAAGACAUUCAUGGAUGGAUGAGAGGAGCUGACACGGACCUCCCCCGCUGUGACCACCUUCUCUUCGGCCAUGGAGGAAGCCUUGCUGCCCCUCGCCAUGACGUCUGACCCCAGGCCCUUUAAUCAACAACUCCCAGAGCCUCCAGACCCAAGAUGUGUCUUGGAACCCCAGGACAAUCCUGAAUUGGCACCCGCCCUGGUGUGCGCUCUUUGCUGCUGCUUUGGAAUCAUCUACUGCUGCUUCGGCUACCGCUGCUUCAAGGCAGUGAUGUUUCUCUCCGGCCUGCUGUCAGGAGCCCUGGUGAUCUUCCUGCUGUGCCACAAGGAGCGCGUGCUAGAGACACAGCUGAGCCUGGAGGUGAGCGCGGGCAUUGCGCUAGGCAUCGGACUCCUCUGCGGCCUGGUCACCAUGCUGGUUCGCAGCGUCGGGCUCUUCCUGACUGGUCUCCUGCUAGGCCUAACCCUGGGCGCCGGGGUCCUGCUGGGCACCGAGCCCAUCUACCAGCCACCUUCAGCCUGGGUGCCGGCUGGGGGGCUGGUGGGGCUGGCACUGCUGGGGGCCCUGCUCACUCUUCGGUGGCCACGUCCCUUCACAGUUUUGGGCACAGCCCUGCUGGGUGCUGCGGUGCUGGUGGCCUGUGCCGACUACUUCCUAGAGGGGCUGGCACUGGGCAGUCGGCUGGGCCAACGCUUGCAGGCACUUCCAGCCUUGCCUCCUCUCUGCUGGUAUAGCUGGGUCUUGCUGGGGACCUGGCCAGCCCUGGGGGCCCUGGGGGCCCUGGCCCAGUGGAAGCUCAUGGAUGAGGACCAUGGAGGCCACACCAAUGCAGUGGUCUUGAGCCACCAGCGAAGGCAUCUCCAACUCCUUCGAAUCCGUCAGCAAGAGGCCAAGUGGCACCGGACCUCCCCUGGGGUGGGGCUCUGUGAGGGCAGCUACCGACGCCAGCUCCCCCCCAGCACCCGGAGCCCUGCGGACAGUCUGGCUCCAAGUUAUCUCCAGAGCCUUCGAGAGCGCCAGCUGGGACCAGGCACCCAGACCACAGCCCCCCACACCAUCCUGGACCUGGAUUCUGACUGUGGUUCCACUGUACCCCUCACCACACCUUCUGGUUCCACCCAGACCUGAGCCUAAACCUCCACCGAUGCCCUCAACCCUAGCAAGGGCCUGAGCCCACAGGAUCCACACACAAACUUCCCCACCUUUUGGACUUGGGGAUGGAAUCUCUGCUCCAACCCAGACCAGCCCUGUAGGGAUAUGUUUCAGGGACAGAUAGAGAGGAAUCUUAUGGGGAAGGGAGAGGAAUGGAAGUGUGAGUACCUACCUCUGUCCAAUAAUAGAGGUGCCUGGUCCCUAAAGUAACUGACUCCCUAAUUCCCUCCAAACCAAACCAAGGAGGGCCACUACCCAAUAGCCUUCUAUAUACCCACCUCAGUGUGCCUCACGAUGGUAAAAUAAGGGGUUUUAUUUUUGUAGGACCUGUGGAAAAUCAGAAAGCCUCCAAAAGCACUUGACAGCUUUUUGAUGGGGAGAAGGGCAACAGAGGAGGCCCAGGAUCCCUAAUCCCCAGGUCCCUCAUUAGGGAGCAGUUGGGAUCCUGGUUAGCCUUUCCUUCUGGACCCCGUAGGCUCAAGCCGCCUUCUCCUACCUCAGUUGGGGGUACUGUCCUCCAUGGUGCUUCCCUUUCCCUUCUUCUUAAUGGGGGGAAGGCCACAGGGCAGUGCCUGGCUCAGCACCCACCUUCCCCCAAAGCUGGCUUCUUGCUCCAAGGAGAGAACAUUGGCCCACAUGUCAGAGUCUUGCCCUUUGUCCAAAGGAGCCUGGUCUUCAGGGCUGCGUGGGAGACGAGUGCUUUCUCUGCCUUUCAUUAUAGGUGACACUAAUCUCCUUAACCAGAACGUUGUCCCAACCACUAACCCAUUCUAACUCUCCACUCCCCCUGAUUCUCUUGCCCAAGGUCUGUUCCCUGGUUCCCCAGACAGCAUGAAGAAAGAUAUGUCCCUCUCCCCGGCAGAAAGGUUAUGAUGGGAGGGAGGAAGACCAUGGGAGCAUGUGAAUAAAGUGGCAUUCAC